UGAAUUUGACAAUUGCCAAAUCAGCCAGACUCGCCUGUCUGAUAGAAAAUUAAAUUAAUUGCAUCAAUAUAAUAAAUUCCUGAAUGAACGCCGAGUGAGGAAGUCGUUAGUGUUUAGUCUAGCUAAGGUUUGAUAACCGCAUGCUUACGUGACUAGCGAUAUGGCUACCUACGAGGAGUUCAUUCAGCAGAAUGAAGACAGGGACGGUAUACGGUUUACGUGGAAUGUUUGGCCCUCCAGCAGAAUUGAAACUACAAGGCUUGUGGUGCCUUUGGCCUGCCUCUAUCAGCCGCUAAAGGAACGGCCAGAUUUGCCUCCUAUACAGUAUGAACCUGUAUUGUGUACUCGUAAUACAUGCCGUGCUAUCCUAAACCCUAUGUGUCAGGUUGACUACCGUGCCAAACUAUGGGUGUGCAAUUUCUGCUUCCAACGAAACCCUUUUCCCCCGCAGUACGCUGCAAUAUCAGAGCAGCAUCAACCAGCAGAACUUAUCCCUAACUUCUCAACAAUUGAGUACACAAUCACAAGGGCUCAGUCCAUGCCACCAAUAUUUCUCCUGGUUGUAGACACAUGCUUAGAUGAAGAAGAACUUGGAGCACUCCAGGACUCGUUACAAACUUCUCUGAGCUUAAUGCCGCAAAAUGCAUUAGUUGGCCUGAUAACUUUUGGCCGCAUGGUUCAGAUACAUGAAUUGGGUACGGAAGGUAUUUCAAAAUGUUAUGUUUUCAAAGGCACUAAAGAUUUGACAGCAAAGCAAAUACAAGAACAAUUGGCAAUCGGUAGAGUGAAUGCUCCCAAUCCUCAGGGAAGACCUGGUGCACCUGCACCAAUGCCUCCAGCACACCGUUUCUUACAACCAGUAAAGCAAUGUGAUAUGGCCUUAACAGAUUUAUUAGGAGAGCUUGGCCGAGAUCCAUGGCCACUAGGUGUUGGAAAACGCCCCUUAAGAAGUAGCGGAGUUGCACUUUCUCUAGCUGUGGGUCUACUAGAAGUUACUUAUCCGAAUACUGGAGCUAGAAUUAUGCUGUUCCUCGGAGGCCCCUGCUCACAAGGGCCAGGUCAAGUUGUUAACGAUGAGCUCAAGCAGCCCAUUCGUUCCCAUCAUGAUAUUCAUAAAGACAAUGCGAAGUAUAUGAAGAAAGCUAUUAAACAUUAUGAAGCAUUGUCACUGAGAGCAGCUACUAAUGGCCAUUCCAUAGAUAUUUACUCUUGUGCUUUGGAUCAAACUGGAUUGAUGGAGAUGAAACAAUGCUGCAAUUCCACUGGUGGUCAUAUGGUGAUGGGCGAUUCUUUCAAUUCAUCACUCUUUAAGCAGACAUUCCAAAGAGUGUUUGCUAAGGAUCAGAAGGGUGAAUACAAGAUGGCCUUCAAUGGUAGUUUAGAGGUCAAAUGCAGCCGUGAACUCAAAAUUACGGGAGCUAUAGGUUCGUGCGUGUCACUGAACGUGAAGGGUCCAUGUGUGUCAGACCAGGAGGUGGGCAUGGGCAAUACCUGCCAGUGGAAGAUGUGCACUUUCACGCCGAGCACCACUAUGGCUAUAUUCUUUGAGGUGGUGAGCCAGCAGGCGGCGCCAGUGCCGGCAGGUGGGCGCGGCUGUGUCCAGAUCAUCACGCAGUACCAGCAUUCCAGCGGCCAGAGACGUGUCAGGGUCACCACAGUCGCGCGAAAUUGGGGCGACGCGGCGGUGAACUUGCACCACAUAGCGGCGGGCUUCGACCAGGAGGCGGCGGCGGUGGUGAUGGCUCGCCUCGUGGUCUACCGCGCUGAGCUAGAAGACGGGCCCGACGUGCUGCGCUGGCUGGACAGGAUGCUGAUACGACUUUGUCAGAAGUUCGGCGAGUACGGCAAAGAUGAUCCGAACAGUUUCCGUCUGUCGGAGAACUUCAGCCUGUACCCGCAGUUCAUGUACCACCUUCGCCGCUCUCAGUUCCUGCAAGUCUUCAACAACUCACCCGACGAGACCACAUUUUAUAGACACAUGCUGAUGCGUGAAGACCUGACGCAGUCGCUGAUCAUGAUCCAGCCGAUCCUGUACUCGUAUUCGUUCGGUGGACCACCAGAGCCUGUGCUUCUCGACACCUCCUCCAUACAGCCUGAUAGAAUCCUCCUCAUGGAUACCUUCUUCCAGAUCCUGAUAUAUCAUGGAGAGACGAUAGCGCAAUGGCGAGCGCUGCGCUAUCAGGAUAUGCCGGAGUAUGAGAGCUUCGCGCAGUUGUUGCGGGCGCCAGUAGACGAUGCGCAAGAGAUACUGCAAAGCCGCUUCCCCGUACCGCGGUACAUCGACACCGAGCAUGGCGGAUCACAGGCACGAUUCCUUUUAUCAAAAGUGAAUCCAUCGCAGACACACAAUAAUAUGUACGCGUACGGUGGGGCGAUGCCGAUACCAUCUGCGGACGGUGGCGCCCCCGUGCUGACGGACGACGUUUCGCUGCAAGUUUUCAUGGAGCACCUCAAGAAGCUCGCUGUAUCUUCCACCGCGUAACCUUGUUGAGAACUGACUCUUAUUUUGUAUCUAGAAUGUUCUUUAACGGAAUAAUAUAUUCAAUGUAUCACAAAUAAAAUGUCGUUUUUGUCCAUUCUCGUUCUUUAUUAUUACCAGUUUUAACCCUGAUGCUAAGUGAUAUAGUCGAAAUAGCACUUCAGUAUAUUAACUCUGCUUAUGG